AUGGGCUUGGGGGCAGUUGGGCUGUUCCUUCAACCGAAUGACUUGCAUUGUCGUCUCGGGCAUCGAAUCUCAGAGAGGAGACAACAAAGGAAGAAUGAUAAGAAAUUGUCGAUAGGUGCUAAAAUCCAUGAUGAGAAUGUCGAAAUUCAAAUCCAGGUUGAUAUCAUCCUGGGUUUUCCUCAUUCAAUUCUUUUUAAAAUUGUCAUCGACAAUUGCUGCUACCAGGUCCAAUACAAUCUUAAUUAUCUGGGUGAAAGAAGGAGAUCGGCUUUCCAGAUAGGCGCAUUUGCAGAACAACAGUUCAAGGAAGAUAUUUAUUAUCUGAUGAUAAUGGCUGUGUGUGAUGCUCUCUCGUUGGAUCCACAAUCCCGUUGCUGUCCUGAAAGAGGAGGCAAAUUCUCUUGCCAUGGAUGCAAUGUCCUUUCCAAGUGUUGUAACUCCUACGAAUUUUGUGUUUCGUGCUGCCUACAUCCUGAACAAACACAGAAGGAACAAGUACUGAAACUAAAAAUGGCCAAGCCAUUGACAUCAGGAACAUAUCCAAGUGUCUUUGAUUUUUGUGCUGGGAGGUGUCGACAUAACUCUGAAAGUGUUGUUCACGAAAAUGCCUAUGUUAGUGAUUUUCAUCAUUGCUUUUCUCUACCAUCAAAUUCUUCUGGGUCCACUGUCUCACCUGUAGAAGCCAAACUAAAUGGUAUUAAUGUUGCUGUUGGAAGGCAAGGAGAGUCUUGUGAUUCAGUUUGCAAGUCAAAUGGACAAUCAUGUGUACUAAAUAAGCUUUUGAUACUUAACCAGUGUGAAAUUAUGCAGAAAUAUAUGAGCUGCAAAGGAGCAUGCUUGGCAAGUGUUGGAACCGAUCAACCUGCAGAAGUUGUAGAUGAUGCUCCCAAACAUUUGAAUCCAGGAGCAUGCUUGUAUACUCGAACACAAUCAAUGCUGUCUUGUGGUGGUUCUCAUCGGCAUACCAGGAGACUUUGCCCCUGUGCUUAGUGCAUUACUUUGGUGAGUUUGGUGUCCCUAUCAAUUAUUAGGAAUAUUUUUAGUC